AACUAUUUUUAUUAAGAAAAAAAGUCGUUCUUUCGUUUCAUUUUAUUUUACAGAAAGAUCUUAUGUGUUUUUGUUUUGCGGAAAAUGUCAAACAAGAAUAAAGUUGUAUUCUUUUACUGCCGACAUUCAUUUUGUAACAUUACAAAAUAAAUUCGUGACGCAAACUCAGAUUCUGAAAUAUUCUCGUGCAGCCAAAUAUAAAACAUUACUUCUCCAUUGAAGAAAAAAAUCACACACGCACGCACGCACGCACACACACGUCUCGGUGGGAUCCAAUGAACAGGUGGCGGCAAUUUUUAGAUCCUCUGUGACCUCAUGCAAAUACACAAAUUGUGUGCAUGUUUGUUUAUGUAUGUGUGUGUUGCAUGUGUUUGUGAGUGCACAUAUGAAUGUGUGUGGAGUGUGUUUGUGUGUGUGUGUCUGAGUGUGGUUUAGGUGAAAUGUGUUUGUUGUGUAUGUUGGAUGUGUGUGUUGUGUGUCUGUGCUUGUGUGUGUUGUGUGUCUGUGCAUGUGUGUGUAUGAGCGUGUGUGUGGUGGGAGUGUAUUUGUUGCCUGUGUGUGGGGUCUCCGGUGUGUUUGUGUUGCCUGUUAGUGUGUGUGCUUGUGUGUGUGGUAUGUUGUUGCGUGUGUCGUGUGAAUGCGUUGUGUGUGCGUGUGUGUGGUGCGUGCACGUGUUUGAGUUGUGUGUUUGUGUAAUUAGAAUCUGUGUAUGUGUGCAUUUCUUUGUGUGUGUGUGUGCAUGUGUGUAGUCUGUUUGUGUGUGUGUAGGAUGUGCACGUGUCGUGUGUUUAUUUGUCGUGUGAGUGUUUAGAGUGUAUGUCUGUGUGGCGUGUGCAUGUGUUUGUGUUGUUUGUGUGUGUUCAUGUACAGAGGCCAGAUUUCACGUCUCACAUGGAGCCCUCUCCCCCAUGUACCCCCCUGUGCCCCCUGUGCCCCCCUCCUUCCUGCGCUGCUAUUUAAAGGCCCCCCCAGCGGGCGUCUCACCCACUGACCGAGUGAGCGAGCGACGAUCCGGAAGGCUUGCCGACGUUCCCGGCAAGAUCUGGAAGCUGACCUGAAAGGAUCAUCGGGCCUUAGCGGGAUAUUGCGAUUUCCUCGGGAGAUCGGGACCCCGAGUGGGCUCGGGCGGCGUCCCCCACCCCCCGGCACGAUGGACGUCCCCAAAACGGAACCCCCGACACUAAAACGCGCCGUGAGGAAAAUCCGAUGCGCCGCCAUGGUGGCCAGUCUGGCCAGGAGCUGGCAAGGUUGGGCCAGCGAGCACGCCGACAAGCAGGACGCCGCCCCCGCCGGGUGGAUGCCCUGCUCCGUGGACCAGACGGACACAAAAGAGCGCCACCGUGUGGUCAAAGUUGCUAUUAGGCCCCGGGAAAAGGUCUCGAGUGAUGCCAAUCCCAUCCGGAGUGUUUCCAUCUCGAAAACUGUUCAACCCAAAGCCAGCGAGCGUGGCGGGGAUCUGGUCGACAUCAUCUGCGGAAAGAUGGAGUCGGGUCCCGAGGAAAGCAAGCCCUUCCUGGGAAACGAGUCGCCCACACGGAGGCGCCACAUGAGGACGCUGCACGGAAGCGGCGGAGGCGGUGGCGGCGUCAUCCACGACAGGAAGUUGAUGCUCCAGGACAGGAAGCUGAGCUCCAGGAGCAGCAGCCUGGACACGGAGGACAGCGGCUUGGGGGACGAGGUGGCGCCCGGAGACGGCGCGGACGCCAAGACGGAAACGACGGGCGCCAAGUGUCAAAAAGUCGGCAGCAGGCCCAAGAUUAAGAUCGCCACCAUGGGAGACAUCAAGAGUCGAUGGCAGCAGUGGUCCGAGCGGCACGCAGAGGGCCAGAAACUCAACCCCUUCAGCGAGGACUUCGACUACGAAUACGCCAUGAGCCUCCGCCUGCGCAAGGGCGACAGCGGCUACGGUCUCCCCAAAGAGGGCUCCAAGACGGCCGAGCGGGGCGACCGUGCGCACAAGCACAUCCACAGGGAGAUGGAGGAGAUGGUGUGGAUCGUCCGAGACAUGGGCUUCCAGGACGGCGAGGGCCGGACCGCGGUCACCUUCGGGCGCCUCUUCGACCGCUACGUGAAGAUCUCGGACAAAGUGGUCGGCAUCCUGCUGCGCUGCCGCAAGCACAAAAUGCUCGACUUCCGAGGCGAGAUGCUGUGGAAAGGACAAGAUGACCACGUGGUCAUCACGGUGGUAGACUGACGGGACCGUCUGGCAACGGACUGCCGGCGAUGCGGUGCCGGAGUCAGCCGACACCGCGGCGCUCGGCAAUGUCGUCGAGGACUCGCUAGCGCCGUUGGAAAGCUCCUCCUUAUCAGUGUCGGCGUAGAAUUUGAAGAAAUUAAUCCCUCUAUGACCUUUUGCUCAAAGGUUUAUUCGGUAGUUAACAAUCGGUGGACUCCAAAACUCCCAGUUUGGACGUUCAGCGAGGUGGUAGAAGGAGGCUACUUUUCGUGAGUAGUCUGUGUUAAUCUAAUCUCUGUAAGAACUUCCAUUCAACUUUUUUUUUUUAAAUAUUAACGAUGCGUGGACUGCAGACACAAAAUGAAUGGAUGGAUAUUCAAUUCCUCCCCGUAUGUUCAACAGUUAUUUCAUUGAAAACGAUCUGCCAAUUGUGGUAAUGAACCACAGGCUGCCGAAAUGGCAGUACGUGCACUUCACGAUGUCGUAGCUUUCACCAUCGAAAAGCUUUACCCUACGGAUAUUGGGAUACAAAUCGAACUCCUGCCCCCUAGUCGUGGACAAAAUUAGUCUUCGCGACGUCUCCGAGAUGUCGCUGAGACCUCCUUGACGACAAGGAUAUUCUCUAGGCGAUGUCGCCGUCAGGUCGCCAACUAGUCUCCAGACCAGUGAGCUAGACCCUUUACGGUUGACAAAACUGUCCCUUCCGGUCAUUCAUGAGGGGAACAGUAGCUACUUCAAGUGGCUGUGGACAAAAAUCAAACAAGAGUAAGGUUGCCACAGUAAACUUAGCAGGUGGGCCUCGUUAGCGGACGGUUGCGGCAGCGUGACCAUAGCGGCUCGGGUGCGCCGUGCGCUGCACGUCCUUCUUAUCCGGCGAGCCCCGAGCCCAACGAGCCUCCCUUCACCGUUGUCAACAUCCGGCUGAAGAAGAGGGCACCGGGUCAAAGCCGCCACAACAGGAAGCGGAACGGACUGCCGUCCUGUCUCGGCUCACGACGACACGGCAGAAGCCGCAGUCGAGUGCGACGCACGCCGCCAAGUCAAAUGUGAAGAGACUCGCCUCCCGGGCGAUUGCAGUAAUCUCCCUGUUGUUGAAACAUUGUAUUUAUCAACCUUUUUGACACAUUUGUUAAGCUGCGGAUUGCUGAACGAGGAAAACAUGGAAUAAACACAUUUUUGUUGAGCUCA